CCUCGGUUCAUGGACCAAUACAGAUAUCCGCGAGUUGAUCAAAAUGUUUCAUUAUAGAACCAACGCCGUAGACAAAGAUAUGUCGGACCCUAAGGAAAUAGAAUCGUGCUUGGCUACAUUCACUCUUACACGGUUUCGCAGGACUCACGGCGAAAUUCUGGGGAAAAUAAGGCAUUUCAUCAGGAUGUACAAUAGGUUCGUCUCCUUUAUUUCCCAAACCCAGAUCACCUACAACGUCGAGUCCAAUCUCGUUCAUAUCCAAGGAAACUACAACUACAAUAGGGAGACAAUGCAGAAAACAAGAUUUAGGUUGGAUAGGUUUGAGCACUACGAGGCGAUGAAGGAGGUGUUGGAUGGAAGUGCCAUUGAGUCGGUGGCUUGGGGUUCGAUACUCGGUUCCUGAUGGAUGUCUAGAAAUGGUUUUCUUUUUUGGUUUUUGAUAUAUCUGUUGUGAGGCCUUCUUUUUUUUUUCAACGGUGUACAUUUAUAAUUAAAUCUUAUGUUUGGAGGCUUCCAUUUUGUCAUGCAAUCAAUGUUCGUUAAGUAUUAA